AUGCAGUACAAAGACAAAUUCUUCCAGGAGCUGUGCACGGAAGGAUGGAAGUGGCGGGUGGUUUGUUGUGAAGCAGAAGCAGCUUGCCCAUGGCUGCCCAGUAUGCUCCAGGCCUCAGCGAACAGCACAAACCUCGUAAGCAAAAAUGCGACAGAGAUCGAGGUAGCUGCAUCGCUAGCAUACCAUUUCGGAAUGACCAAAAAUAUGCAGACAGCAAUCGACACCACGAAAGCAGCCUUGCCGAACAUUUCCUACAUGAACAGUGUGGGGCACUAUGUACAGCACUUCGGCGGUGGAGAUAAGGGUGGCUUUGAGCUCAUCGCCUUUCUGCAGCAGCUGAGCAAAAGCUUCGGACACAGUCUUUUCCUUGGCGAAGAGUAUAUGGAUGCCUUAGCUUUCACACGUUUCAGCGAUCCCAGCUCUACGUAUCCGUUUCUCAGGGCUUCGUUCUGGGCUGCUGCUAUGUCUUCCCCCAAAUCAGCAGACAGCAUUUCCAAGUUGGUCACAAAGUCCGACAUUGAGAAAUUGAAGGGCACCAACAUGAAGACCCAAAUCAAGACAGCUGAAACCUUGCUUAGCUUGAGCUGGAACCUUCUCAGCAACACGGGGAGCCUUCACGAGAAGAAGGGUGUACGGGCAAUGGGUCACAUGAUGAUCAGGACGGCCUUGCUUCUGGUCAAGAAGGAAGCCAAGGGCAAGGAGGGUAAGACCUUUGGUACGUUGCAGAAAGUGCAUGAAGCAUUUACUGCAGAAGUGGGCGACGGGAAUGCUGCAGGGGCAGCAACCACGGCCGAGAGCAGCGAAAGUGGGGGUGAGUUGAGGAUCAUGUCACUGCAGGACACAGCAAGUGCAGCGAUCAUUGCUGCAACAUCCAACUCGUGGCUGAAGGUUGGAGCUCGCUACGUGCAGAAAGACAAUCCUGCGAUCUAUGAGUUCGUAGGAAUGGAUAAUGUAGAUGGAAUCUUCAAGUUGGCGGAUGCAUGGGGCACCGACUACACACUUCGCAUCCCCCACAAGGAUUUGCGAAACAUGCGAGCCACGGAUAAGAAGGUUCCAGCUUUGCACUCGGCGGAACACGUGGCACGUCGCCGUGUGGACUCCUUCAUGACUUUGGAAGAGGAGGUUGCCAAGGCUACAGCUCUCACCAUGUUGUUCAACUUCUAUUCGGAGCUUCUUGGCAUCAUGAGUCGAGUGAUCGAGUGUGCGCAGCAGGUGGACGAAUGCCUGGUCGAUUUGCAGUUCACUUCCGAUGGCAAGGUGUAUGCCGCUAACAACAUAAAAAAGUUCGCACUCAAAGUGUUCCCCAUGGGCAUGCUCAGCAAAAGCAAGAAUGCUGCCGACGAGAAAGGCAAAGUUGUGAUAUCCGUGGCCACUGACAAUUUCAUCGUCCAGCCUCCCAAGAAUGAUCGUUGCAUCGUGCCUUUCUUUUGGGUUGGGCAGUGCUCUGAGGAAGGGUUGGCCAACAUGGAGCAUUUCCAAACCAAAGUGAAAGUAGGUGAGAAGCAACUGAUAGACGGUCCAGAAGUUCAAAUACCCAAGAUGUUGAUUCAGGAAGACUCGGACGGGCAGAAGUGGUUCAAGGUUCGUCCUUCACAUUAUGCGAUUGCAAAGUUGAUGUUGGGACACCUAGAGGAGUUCAAGAAUUGUCGACAGCCCAGCUUGGCGGCUUCCCCACAGAUUGCAGAAAUCCGAAAGAUGCUGCUUGACAAGAUCACCACAGCCCUUGGGCUUGCAGGUGCUGCCGAAUCAGAGCAAGAUGAUUUUUUCGGCCAGGGCAAUCAAGGUGAUGAUGCCAAUGCUAAAGCUGCAGAUGGACUUGAAGAGGAUGAACAGACUCCAAAACGAAGGAAGCUCACAUAUCAAAAAGCGCCACCGACCAUCAACUUGGAGUUGGGUGGCAUUGCAUGCACUUUCAAAACUCCAGCGACAGGACGAGAGAGUGACAUCAUCGUUAUGCUUGAUGCAAAGCAGCUGACAGCUCUGGCUGAUUAUGUGAUACAGGAUACUUCGGGUUGCUUGCAAGGUGAUGCCAAGCGAACUUAUAAGAGGACUGGCCAGUACAGGAAGGUCAGGCAGAACAGCCAAGAGUUUGAGCAGGGGGACGAGUAG